CUUAUCCUCUCUCUUUUCUUAUGUGUUCACACCAAUUUGAGACAUUCACUCACAGAGGACCAGAGGACUGAGGACUCGGGAUACAAAACCCAUCUUCUUCCUUGGAUUCAGCAAUUAAGCAGGCCCCUCAGCCAAUCUAUCAUGGCUAUCGCUGCCGCUGCUACCUCUACAACUUCACCUUCAGCUUAUCUUCAUGACCGAAUCACCAAUUUCUUCUCCUUAGACCAACCAGCCAUCACAAUCACAGUUGCAUCGAGCAAGAUUUCACAAAUUCUCAAAAUCAAGAACAAGAACCUCCGCUUACCUCUUCUUCCCCUCAUCUCUCAUCCUCACAAUCACCUCUGUUGCGCUUCCGCUGCCUUUGACAACGAAGUCUCUGAAGAUGAUGUAGAAGAAGUAGAAACAACGGAAAUUGAAGAAGAUGAGCAGCAGGAAGCAUCAGCUGUUGAAGAGAGGAGACUAUAUGUUGGGAACUUACCUUUCUCUAUGACUUCCUCCCAACUUGCGGAAAUCUUCGAGGAGGCUGGUCAAGUUGAUUCCGUAGAGAUUAUAUAUGAUCGAGUGACGGAUAGGAGCAGGGGAUUCGCAUUUGUGACGAUGGGCAGCUCUCAAGAAGCCAAAGAGGCCAUUAGUAUGUUUGAUGGAGCUUUGCAGCAAGUAGGAGGGAGAACUGUGAGGGUGAACUUCCCAGAAGUGCCAAGGGGAGGUGAGAGGGAAGUAAUGGGCCCGAAAAUUCGCAGUGGUUACAGGAACUUCGUUGAGACUCCUCACAAGAUAUAUUGUGGCAACCUUGAUUGGGAACUCACUUCCCAGGGCUUGAGAGAUGUGUUUGCUGAGCAGCCUGGACUACAGAGUGCCAAGGUCAUCUAUGACCGAGGAACCGGAAAAUCAAAGGGUUUUGGAUUUGUCUCCUUUGCAUCUGAUGAGGAGGCAAUGUCUGCCCUGGAUGCCAUGAAUGGAGUGGAGGUUGAAGGGCGACCCAUGCGACUCAGUCUAGCUGUAGGAAGAAAUACUCCUGCUUCUCCACCUGCGGAAAGUACAGAAACAGAUCUCAGUGCCAGUGAAAUGCAAUCUAGUGUCAGUGCCUAUUGAAUGGAAGAUGGCAGCAAGAGAGUGAGAGGCGACAAUGUGGUACCAAAAUAUUAACUAUCUUAGCUCAUUGUCUUCCUUCUGCUCCUCCAGCUGCAUUUGUCUUGAAACCUUGUGAAACCAGUGUUUGCAGACACAAAGCAACAAGUAGACAUCGUUGUUCGUAGUUCUCUGUAGUGAGAUGAGUUGUUUGAUGAGUAUCGGCUUUAUAACACUAUGAAUCAAUGACUGUUGCCCAUUUAAUUCAUAAUUCUCUGAUAUGCUGAAUGGAGGUCUUUGCCUUCCCCUUUCAAAUGGGGAUUGUUAAAAUGGGUGGAAUCAUAUAUGAGCAGAUAGUAUCAAAAGUUCCUUGUUC